GAUUUUUCUUUUGUCUGGCACUUCUUGUCAUGUCAAUGUCAUAUUUUUGUGCAAUUUGGUUUUGAUUUUGAGAACACAUUAAGUUAAUAAUGUUACAUAGAAUUACACUGUAAAAAGGAAAACAGUUUUGGUGUUUAACUUAUUUAUUAUUACAUGAAGAGUCAGGAGUGAGUGUAUUCCGUUUUGCCUGAGUUCUGAGAAUUACGACAGAGUUCGUUCCACAUACAAAAUGCCAGGGACUCGAGGUGGAAGAAUAAAAAAGUGUAGGAAGUCCCCAAUCACGACACGCUCAGUUCUCAGAAUGAUGGCAAUCAUGGAGAGGUCUGGUGAGGAAGUACCCAAAGAGUUCUUAGAGACAGGCCGCACUGGCCGGCGUAACGCGAUGCCAGACAUCUUACAGCCUGCGGGAGCAUCGCUCACAACUGCUGACUUGCCACUACGACUACAGCGAGUCACUAUAGUCACUCCUGAUAAAGAUGCACAGGCAGGGCCAUCGAAAACAGACUUUAGUGCCCAGAAGGACGACAGUCCGGCGGAACCGAAGGGCUGCAGUUGAGCGGUUUGACUGUUCCAGUAGACUUAGAAUAAUUAACUUCCAGCAUAGCACGCUACGCUGGUUGGCACAAGGGACUGUAGUUUUAGAAAGCUCGAUAUAUAAGCAAUCUCAUUGGCAUUGCGCGCUUAUACGUGCUAAUCGUUCUAAUAUAGCAAUUGAUCGGAUAACUUAAUAAUUUAUGACGCUAAUAAUUAUGUAGUUACGAUUAUUGUUAGAAGGAUUUAUAGCCUGACUUGAUAAGCUGAAGAAAAUAAGCAUACCGAAAUUUGUUGGUAUAAUAUAAUAAUCGCAAGUGUGGUGUAGUAAUGUACAAAAGCUAAAAUAUAAUUAGGAUUAUGUGUAUAAUUAUAUAUAGGUAUAUACUGUGGAACAAAAUAUUAAGUGCAUGCUUUUGUACUGGUUUUUCACUAUCCAAGAAAGCGUGGUAGACAGGAUAAUAAUUUGUGUUAGAUUAUGACGAAAUGUUAGACGUAAUAAUAUUAACUAUGUAAUUCGGGAUGAAAGUUUAUGCGCUUAAAUAUGAAAAUGACAUUUGAUAGAAAAUGUAAGUUACUGUGUUAUAAUCAUAAUAUUGU